AUUUGGCAAACUCUGAGGCAUUAAAAGCUGGUCGUAAAGUUGAUCCGUUAGGUUUGCGAACUCUUGGUAUAAUAACUAAAAUGGAUUUAAUGGAACCUGAAGUCGGUGCCGCAAUUUUGCGAAAUAGUGAUUAUCCUUUACAUUUGGGCUAUACUGGAUCAAUUUUUUAUGUGUAUAGUCAACGUGGUAUUCAAGUCGGCAUUGAUACUUUACGAAAGAAAUUGAUGGAAGUAUUGGAAGAAGGCAUGGCAAAAUCCCUAUUUUCUAUUGUUG